AUGAAAAAUACAAGUCUCUGGUGCGCAUGCACCUCCUUCGAGCUGGAACUAAACACCGACGAGUUCGACAUGCCGUACCAUGAAAUCGUCUACGAAGAUAAGGGCAAGAUAAAGAAGUGGAAUCGCCUCUCCAAGAAGAAUCGCGGACCUGCCACAGGCUGCACGGCUGGGGCAGGCAGUAAGUCGGCAGGCAACAGUCCCACUGAAACGCUGCAGCAACAAAUUGAUGCAGGCUUUCUGAUGCACCUGGAGGAGCUCAAAGAGUUUCUUAUGCUGGAGAAGAAUCUCACCCAGGAGGGACUAUUUCGCAAGACAGGAGCCGUUUCCAGGCAGAACGAGCUACGAAUGCACAUACAGCACGACCAGCCCUUGGAUUUGGAACUGACAGGAUUCUCGGCUCACGACUGUGCCACUGUUUUUAAGAGCUUUCUGGCCGAGCUGCCAGAGCCUUUGCUUACAGACGACCACUAUCCAGCACAUCUUCAGAUAGCGCCGCUUAGCCAGGCAUUAAUGGGGGGUCAGGUGGCGGCUACCGCAGAGCGCCAACAACAUCUUCUCAACUCGGUGCAGCUGCUUCUUCUCCUGCUCCCCGAAGAGCAUCGCGAGUUACUGCAGCACAUUAUUAAAAUGCUCCAUUCGGUGGCAGCGCGUGAGGAGAGCAACAAGAUGUCCGCGGAGAAUUUGGCCAUCUUGUUUACACCGCACCUGAUUUGCGAAGAAGAUGUCCAGCAUUGUGUCCUACAUGAUUCAGCAGGGUCUGGAAAUCUUCGAAGUUCCCGGAAAGCUAGCCACCGAUAUUCGGGCGUACUUUCUUGA